AACAGGUUGUGAAACAGAGACAAGAUUUGCAUCACACCGACUAGGGUUGGGACGUAGUCAUUUGCCCAAAAUGUCAAAAAAGAAAAGGAGAGACGGAAUAUCUUUUAGUUGAUUUUGGUUUGAGGCAAGCACAAAGCAGAUGGAUUCAGGGAGAGGAUUUUCAUCUUCUCUUCAUAACCCAUUGUUCUUACCCACAAAUUUAGCUACCACCACGGCGCCGUUUCUUUGCCUUCGCUUCGCACAUCAGUUUCCCCUUCUUUCCUCCUUCAGGAAGCUCUCUCGUCUCUGCCAUGUGCCUACUUUUAAGACACCCUUUGAAUUCAAUGGAAUCGAAUUUUUCGGAUCCAAAAACGGGGCGUUUGCUCGCCAGUGGCUACCUUGCUUAUGUUUCUUCAAUGGGGGAGAUUCUAUAAGCAACUCUGGAAAUGAGGACACAUCGCUAUCGAAGACUUCCCUGAGUAAUUCGUGGAAUGGAAGGCAGUGGACUAAUGCCCUCCUUACUGCUAAUGUGUUAAUUCAUAUUGCGCAAAUGGCCAGUGAGGGCAAGCUGAUUUUGUGGGGGGCUAAGAUUAAUAGUCUUAUCAACAAAGGAGAGUACUGGAGGCUUGUUACGUCUUCCUUCUUUCAUGCAAAUAUUCCACAUCUUAUGGUUAAUUGUUAUUCUUUGAAUUCCAUUGGUCCGACCAUGGAGAGAAUUUGUGGUCCUAGGAGAUAUCUUGCAGUGUACUUCUCCUCAGCUAUUGCAAGUUCAGCAAUGAGUUACUGGUUCAGUAAGGCCUCUGCAGUUGGUGCUUCAGGAGCAAUCUUUGGAUUGGUUGGAUCUCUUGCUGUGUCUGUUAUGAGGCAUAGAGGUAUCAGUGGACAUGGUAGAGAAGAUCUACAACACAUAGCACAAGUGAUUGUCCUUAAUAUGGUCAUUGGACUUCUAUGGAAAGGCAUUGAUAACUGGGGACAUCUAGGGGGCUUACUUGGUGGAGCUGCAGUGUCAUGGCUUCUUGGACCGGCCUGAAAGUACAAGUCUACAACCAAUGAUGGUUCAAGAAUUUUCACUGACAAGGCACCAGUUUUCUAUCUCAUCAACAAUAAAAGCAUCCCCAGGCAGCUCAAACUGAAGAUAUAGGGUUGAGUUCCCUUACUAAAACCUCAUGUCAGAGUCAUUGGAAAUAAAAGGGGCUCUUAUUCUCGUUGUUUGGACACUAUUGAAAAGAUGCAUACUCUUUAUUAUACUUUUUGUACAUAAACUUAGCUUAUACUUUGAAUUUCAGAUGAAACGUUUUUAAUGUCAGAUUUUAUGGCCGAAGAACUUAUAUCUCCAAAUGUCGGUACCAUAAAUAUUUGUGUCAACCAAAUUGGUUGCUAUCUGGUGAUGUUUUUAUAUUUUAUUUUGUAGCCCGAAAGAAAAAAAAAAAUGGUACGUUCUGUCUUUUCAGUUUGGAGAGUUUGGGAUGUUGCAUUUAACAAUCACAAGAAUCAGUUCUCCGAGGCUGCUUCCUUGGAGUUCGUUUGUUCUA